AUGGUAAAGGCGACAUGGCCUAGCACAUCUGCUGCGCCAUUCCUGACCAAUAUCUCCACAAUUGACAAACAGAAGGAACGGCAUGGCCAGACACUUGCCACUUGCGCACCCACGAUCCCCACGGCCGUGUCCGGCCUGCGAUGCUACUCGGCUCCGGUGUCCGGAACCAUCCCCGCCGCGAAGAAGAAGUACGUGCCCACAGACGGCAAGUAUCCCAAGGGCUUCAAGGUCUCGGGCACAAUCGUCGGCGUCAAGCCAAACAACACCACCAAGCCGGACCUCGCCUUCAUCACCUCGGACACGCCGUGUGCGGCCGCUGCCGUCUUCACCAAAAACAAGUUCCAGGCUGCUCCCGUCACCUUCAGCCGGGCGCUGCUCCAGAAGUCGAAGAACGCCGGCCUCCGUGGCGUCCUCAUCAACUCGGGAUGCGCCAAUGCGGUCACUGGCAAGGGAGGCCUCGAGGAUGCCGAGGCCAUGGCCAAGGAGGCCGACAAGUCCCUCGGUGCGAGCGAUGCCACCAUCGUCAUGAGCACAGGAGUCAUUGGACAGAGGUUACCGAUACAAAAGAUCUUGAACAACGUCCCCACCGCGCAUAACGGCCUAGGAGAUUCGCACAAGCACUGGAUGUCGUGUGCUACAGCCAUUUGCACCACGGAUACAUUUCCCAAGCUUAUUUCCAAAUCUUUCACCCUGCCCUCGUCACCGUCAGUCGAGUACAGAAUCGCUGGCAUGACCAAGGGCGCCGGCAUGAUCCACCCAAACAUGGCCACGCUCUUGGGCGUCAUGGCCACCGACGCCCCCGUCGCUCCUUCAAUUAUGCCCGCCCUCCUCAAGCGGGCAGUCGACAAGUCCUUCAACAGCAUCACCAUUGACGGCGACACCUCCACAAACGACACCGUGGCGCUCCUCGCCAACGGCGCCGCAGGCGGCAAGGAGAUCUCGUCAGAGUCGUCUGCCGACUUCCAGGCCUUCCAGGAGAUUGUGAGCGACUUCUCGACCGAGCUGGCCAAGCUGAUCGUUCGGGACGGCGAGGGCGCCACAAAAUUCGUCACGAUCCGCGUCGUCGACUCUGCGAGCGAGGAGGUCGCCCGCACCAUUGCCAGCACCAUCGCCCGGUCUCCGCUCGUCAAGACCGCGCUGUACGGCAAGGACGCCAACUGGGGCCGCAUCCUCUGUGCCACGGGAUACUCGCUCAUCUCGGAGCCCGGCCAGGCCGUCAACGAGGUCGAGUCGAUUGUGCCAGAGAAGACAAAUGUCUCAUUCAUCCCUGCGGACGGCAGCAAGGAGCUCAAGCUCCUCAUCGACGGCGAGCCCGAGAUGGUGGACGAGGCCCGCGCGGCUGAGAUCCUGGAGCACGAGGACCUCGAGAUCCUGGUGCGUCUUGGCACCGGCAACAAGGAGGCCACCUACUGGACUUGCGACUACAGCCACGAGUACAUGGUCGAAAAAUACCGACCAAUCUUCCUUGACGAUGUCGUCGGCAACACCGAAACAAUCGAGCGGCUAAAGAUCAUCGCCAAGGACGGCAACAUGCCGCACGUCAUCAUAUCGGGGAUGCCGGGAAUCGGCAAGACGACGAGCGUGCUGUGCCUGGCGCGCCAGCUGCUCGGCGACGCCUACAAGGAGGCCGUGCUGGAGCUCAACGCCAGCGACGAGCGCGGCAUCGACGUGGUGCGCAACCGGAUCAAGGGCUUCGCGCAGAAGAAGGUGACGCUGCCCGCGGGGCGGCACAAGCUGGUCAUCCUGGACGAGGCCGACAGCAUGACGUCGGGCGCGCAGCAGGCGCUCCGCCGCACGAUGGAGAUCUACUCCAACACGACGCGGUUCGCGUUCGCGUGCAACCAGUCCAACAAGAUCAUCGAGCCGCUGCAGUCGCGCUGCGCGAUCCUGCGGUACGCGCGGCUCACGGACGCGCAGGUCGUCAAGCGGCUCAUGCAGAUCAUCGAGGCGGAAAAGGUGCAGUACAGCGACGACGGCCUGGCCGCCCUCGUCUUCAGCGCCGAGGGCGACAUGCGGCAGGCCAUCAACAACCUGCAGAGCACGUUUGCGGGCUUCGGUUUCGUCAGCGGCGACAACGUGUUCAAGGUGGUCGACAGCCCGCACCCGAUCAAAGUGCAGGCCAUGCUCAAGGCGUGCUACGAGGGCAACGUCGAGAGCGCGCUCGACACGCUGCGCGAGCUGUGGGAUCUGGGAUACUCGAGUCACGACAUCAUUAGCACCAUGUUUAGAGUGACCAAGACCAUGCCGACGCUCAGUGAGCACUCCAAGCUCGAGUUCAUCAAGGAGAUUGGCUUCACGCACAUGAAGAUCCUCGAGGGCGUGCAGACGCUUUUGCAGCUCAGCGGCUGCGUGGCUAGGCUGUGCAAGCUCAACAUAGACCCAAAGAAGUUUGAGACCAAGGUUUAA